UUUUUUUUACAUUGCUUUCUUCAAUGGUAGAAACACGAAGUAGGACAAAAUCAACUGUUUGUGUUCACUGUGGAGAUAACUUUCAUUCUUGGUCUGAUUAUUCUAAGCAUUUACUCUCUGAACAUCCUUCCUCAUCACAACCUAAGCAACAUACUGUUUCUUAUACUCAAUUCUACGACAACAACGGCGACGAUUACGACGAUGACGAUGAUAAUUAUUCAGAAUGGAGUCCAUCGCCUGAACCUGAUUUGCCAGAGUACCAACUCAAAGAAUUGAAUGAAUUACAUCAGAAUAUUAUGAACGAUAACCAAUUUGUUCAAGAAACUCAACAGCAAUCAGUCAACAACAAUAUACCUACUAAACGCAAACAAAGACAAUCCAAUAGAAUCCCAAUUCCACCAAGAUUCGAUGAUAAUACAUCACUUUCUACUUCACUAACUGGUUCUAGUCUUGGCCUAUUCCGACUGACAGGUGCUCCGAUCUCUAUACCACCUUCUCAAGAUCUACCUGCUAUCUCAAACUCAUCAUCUAGUUUACAUCAACGACAUACGAUUCGCCAGCUAUCACCUAUCAGCACCAAUACUGACUCUACUGAUAACGAUGUAGCAUUUAAACUGACCAAUCGAUACCAACAGCAAAAACAUUACAGAUUCAAACAUGAUGAUGAUACAGAAAAUAGUUUUAUCUUUAGUGAUGCAGCAUUUACGGAACAACCUUUUACAUCAGGACGUACAAUGCCUUCAGAUAGAUUCACAACUAGCUCUUACGGAUUUAAAAUGACAGGUCGACCCAUUGUACCUCCAGUACCUACUUUAUCUAUUGAACAUGGAAAACGGCAAGAACAACAACAAGAAGAAGAAAUUGAAGAAGAAGAAACAGAGUCUCAAUUUGGCAGCCGGUCUAUCAAUCAACAAAAACGAAACAAUGGUACAUCUUCAUACAGUUACUUUCGCUAUCGUAUCCCAUUAAAUCAGAACCAUCCAUCUUCAGCUACACAACGACCACAGCGACGAAAACGAAGAUCAAAAAAGAAGGAAGAACAAGUUCCUUUGGAGACGCAAAGCUCCGAUGUAGUCACGUUCAAUAUUUACACACCAGAAGAUAUGAAAGUUCAGCAAGAUAAUGAUCAUCAAGAUCAAUCAGCAAAUGAAAAUGACGAAUGGACAGUAGAAUCAACCGAUCGAAAAACUGUAAAAAGAAGAAAACAGCAGCUUGACGAUUACGAGAGAACUACAUAUUACAGUCCUAUACCGAAGAAAAACAACACAUCCUUAGCUGUGCAACAAAGGUUAUCUCAUGACAAGAGAAUGGCUCUUCACAAGAUGUUUGAUAAUGUUUGUCUAUCAUCUUUAUUACCUGAUACUUCUCUCGAUACCAGCCAACAACGCAAUACAGAACAGAAUAUGGAACUUAUUACAUUGCAACAUGAUUGUAUAAUAGAACUUCGGGAACGCUUUGACUCUUAUCUACCAGUAUUGGAAUCCUCACGAUUUAUUCAAUUUCUUCACCGUGGAUGUAAGACAUUACCUAAAAGAUUCCAAGAAUUUAGGACGAUUGUAUGGCAACUAUUAGGUGCUUUGGAAAGACUUGAAGAAAUGCAGAACAAAAGGAAAAAAUUACAAGAUCAACUGAAUAGGCAAGACAGAAUCCAGCGUUACUAUGAUUAUGUUCCAUUGAAAGGACAUGAUGAUUUUAUACCACGUGCUAAGAAGGGAUCACCAACCGAUAUUGAUCGUUAUGUCUUGUGUUUGAAAAACUUUUCUAGUUCGAAAAUUAGAAAACAUCAUUCAAAGUAAAAAUAGUUAGUGUAGAUAAUAUUCUUUUAUUUGUAUAUACAAUUUAUUAUUAUUCAUAUUUAUCCUAUGUUGCAUAUUAUAAUGAUCUAGUUCCUGAAUACAUGAUUUCCAAUUGAU